UUCUAUUUUAGACUUUAUUCUAGUUUUCUUUAAAAAUUAUUCGGGCUUAUUUAAAAUGCGUUUAAUUUUGAAUUGUUUCAAGACUUUUGCAAUCAGAAAACUCUGUACUGCUCUGCCGGAGCCGCCUCUUAAGUAUUUCCCAACACCAAGAGUUGGAUUGGAAUUGGGGGUAACCAACUGCCGUGUUGCAGUACAUAAGGAUAGGGAGACCAAAGUGAUAAAGAAUGGUUCGGAGACUUAUGCUAUUCCGUCUGUGGUAGCUCUUGUGGAAGAUGGCUUUGUUGUUGGUGAUGCGGCUAUUCGUCACAAAAACUCUGAAAAUGUUUUCUUUAUGAUGGAGCUGUUAAUUGGCAAAAAAUUUAAUGACCCGAUUGUUCAGAUUAUAAGCUUGGCUGUCUGUGGCUUGGAAUUGGGAAUUUUGAGUAUUUCAAUUCUGAGACGACAGAAUGGACUCUUUGAAGUUAAAUUUACUUCCAACAUCAAUUUGAUUGACAACAAAGCCUUCAAACACUUUCCUCACUUCAAGAAACCAAAUGGCCAUUUAAAUGAAUCCCACAUUGAUGAGAUAAUGUGUUCGUAUGCGAAAGCUUUAAUUGAUGCGGAGAUAGACAAAAAAGAAAUCAACGAUGUUAUGGUUAUAGGAACUUUGGCAGCUGAUCAUAAUCAUCAGUUUCGACAACGAAUGACAGACACAAUGUUUGGACGAAAGCCGUUGAUUGCAAAGGCUGAGGAUAUCUCGAUUGGCGCUGCUAUGCAUUGUGAAGUAUUUGCUUUGCGGUUUCCAAGUAAAUAUUAUGAUGCUGAGGAAUUUAUGAAAGAAGCGAAGGCUAACAUUGAGCUUAAAGUUCCAGAUACUGUGAGCUCUUGCGAACAUGUUUGGAAGGCUGUUCAAGACACCAUUAGAUUGUUGUAUGCAAAGAUGGGCAUUUGGGUAUACAAGCAUCAUUCCUCCAAACAUCUUCUUUUCUAUGCUUCCACGUAUGCUCCUACAGUAAAAGAUCAAAUAGUGAUCAGAUUUGGUUUCGAUGCUUCACAAACUUCUCAUCAUUAUGGUUACAAUAGUGGCCUUCCUGCUUAUGUUAUAAAGAAUUAUUUUGUUACAAUCAACGCUUUGCUUGCGGAAAUUCGAAGCUUGGACCACAACGAAGUUCGUAAAGGCCUUGAAGGUUUUUUAAAAGAUGUAGAUAGAAAUCGUGCAAGAAAGAUCAAGGAGAGCGACCUGAACAUACCCAAGUUGGAAGUACUUAUUGAGGAUUUGAAUCGAAGUAUUAUUGGAGAGGUAAAGAAGGAAGAACAGAAGGAAUUGGGUGAUUUGAAUCAAGGUGUGGAGGUCAAGAAUAAAGGGAAGGACAAGAAGAAUAAGGAUAAAGAUUUAUUCAAAUUGGUAAAGAUUCCACAAUUUCAUCAAAUUAUUAAUGGAGAUGUUUAUAAAUUGUCCUAUGCGGCCAUUUAA